GCUACACCUCCUGCCCCAGCUUCAUCCCAACAACCUCAGGCAGCUUCUGGGUCUGUAAAGCCCAAAGGCAAAGAUGCCAAGAGUCCGCAGGGCUCGUCUGCCCCAAAGGCUGUUCCCGGCAGAAGAAAACGCUCCUCUAUGUCUGCCUCUUCCUCUUCGCCCACCUCCCCAAAAUCGACCCCCUCUUCUACUCCUCGCUCACCUGUAGCUUCUCCACUGGCUUCCCCUGCUGGUAGUUCUGAUGCUAAUCAGGCUAGUCGCCCUACCCCAAAAGUUGUCAAGGCAGGCAAACAGGGAAAAGCUAAAAAAGGAGAAGCAUUUCUGCCUCCACCUACUCAGGUGGACAGCAAAGUCACUGGUGUAAAUGAAAAGGAAGAAGAGGGUAACUUUAAGAAACCUGCAUCUGCUGAAGCUAAAGCUGCCCCAGUUGAGACAAAAGCUCAUCCACCAGCGCCUGUUGCAGCUCCUGUGGCAUUUAAAGUUACCUCAAAGCCUGCGGUUGCAGCACCAAUUUCAUUUUCAGAUGCAAUUGCUUCAAGCCCUCCAAAAUCAGGUGGCAAGGUGGCUUCAUCAAAAGCAGCUCCUGUUAUGGCUGUUGCUGAUGAUGACCUCCCUCCGCUUAUCCCACCUGUGAAGCCUGGUAAAGUGCCUGUUGUGCCUUCUGUUGAUAAACAGAGUGCAAAACCUACUGCUUCUGCUCCUGAGCCUAAAGCUCAAGUUUUGUCCGCUGCUCCAGCCAAGAAAGGCACUGAACCCAAACCUAUACCUGCUGAGGCUGUCAAAGCAGCAGCCCCAGGUAAAUCUGCAGUUGAGGUUGCAAAAACGGCUCCUACCGAAGUUUUCAAUGCUCCCAAGGGCAAGCCUGCCCUUGGUAAUAAUGCUCAGGACAAACCUGGAGCAGCUAAACCAGUCGAUGAGACCAAAUCGAUUUCUAAAACUGCUGCUAAACAAGUUGAGGAAACUAAGGGUUCAUCUCCAAAGGUUACUAAGCCUGAUGCUGUGGUUAAAAAGUCAGCACCUGAAAAGGAUGCACAGGUUGCUGCAGAGGCUAAAUUGACCGAAGUUAAAGCAGUGUCUGCUGUGUCACCUAAAGCUGCCAAGUCUGCUGAUAAGGCUGCAUCUAAAGCUGCUGAGGUGACACCUAAAUCAGCCAAGCCAAGUGAUGUUAAAAGUUCAUCACCUGAAAAAGAUGCAAAAGCUAAAUUAGUUGAAGUUAAGGAAGUUAAAGCAGUGUCUGCUGAGGCUCCUAAAGCCGCCAAACUAGCGGCCGAAGCUGCACCUAAAGCCGGCAAAGCAGCGGCCGAGGCUGCACCCAAACCAGCAACCGAGGCUGCACCCAAAGCCGGCAAACCAGCGACCGAGGCUGCACCCAAAGCCGCAAAACCAGCGGCCGAGGCUGCGCCUAAAGCAGGCAAACCAGCAGCCGAGGCUGCGCCUAAAGCAGGCAAACCAGCAGCCGAGGCUGCGCCUAAAGCAGGCAAACCAGCAGCCGAGGCUGCGCCUAAAGCAGGCAAACCAGCAGCCGAGGCUGCGCCUAAAGCAGGCAAACCAGCAGCCGAGGCUGCGCCUAAAGCAGGCAAACCAGCAGCCGAGGCUGCACCUAAAGCCGCAAAACCAGCGACCGAGGCUGCACCCAAAGCCGGCAAACCAGCGGCAGAGGCUGCACCCAAAGCCACCAAGCCAAGUGAUGUUAAAAAACCAGCACCUGAUAAGGAUGCUGAGGCCAAAUUGAUUGAAGUCAAGGCCGUGUCUGCUGAGGCAUCUAAAGCAGCCAAGCCAGCUGUGGAGGUUUCAUCUGCUCCCAUUAAACCUCCAGUUGAGCCAACCAUUCCUCCUCCAGCUCCCCGUAAACUCACUUUUGCUGAGGCAGUUGCAAAGCCUGCACCUGUCAAGCCUGAAGUUGAGAAAAUUGAUACUACUCCCUCAAGUCUUGUUUCAACUCCUAAACCUGUGCCCACACCUGCUAAAAUCCCAGACAAGGUGGAGGCUGUGAUCAAGAACGACGAGGGAUCCGGCACAGAGUCGGACAGCGAUGACUCCGUUCCUGAGCUGGAAGAACAAGACUCUGCACAGACACAGACACAACAAGCCCAGCUUGCAGCAGCUGCUGAAAUAGACGAGGAACCUGUCAGCAAAGCCAAACAGAGCCGCAGUGAAAAGAAGGCACGAAAGGCCAUGUCAAAGCUUGGUCUCAGGCAGGUCACAGGGGUCACCAGGGUCACUAUUCGCAAAUCAAAGAACAUCUUGUUUGUCAUCACUAAACCAGACGUAUACAAGAGUCCUGCAUCAGACACAUACAUCGUCUUUGGCGAAGCUAAGAUUGAAGAUCUUUCUCAGCAAGCUCAGUUGGCUGCUGCAGAAAAGUUCAAGGUACCAGGAGAGAAUGUAUCAAACAUCCAGGACAACACACAGACGCCCACAGUACAGGAGGAGAGCGAAGAAGAAGAGGUUGAUGAGACCGGAGUGGAGGUCAAGGACAUUGAACUCGUCAUGUCACAAGCCAACGUGUCGCGGGCAAAGGCUGUACGCGCCCUGAAAAACAACAACAACGACAUUGUCAAUGCUAUUAUGGAGUUGACGAUGUAAAGGGACCCUGUCGAAGAGUUGAAGAAAGGUUGCUGAAUAAAGCUCAUUUAUACAAUUUAUACCCGAGAUGGAAAUAAAGUUGUUGUGUCUUGAUGAAAUUA